AUGGCUGAGGCAGAGACAAAAGGGACCUACCUGCCGGAGGACGGACAGACGGAGCGGCCGCCUCGCUCGCUCGCCUUCUUCGCCUCUCACGGAGCGGAAGCGACGAGAGGGCGCCGCUCUCCCGCACUGCGCACGCGCGGCCGGGCGGCCAUCUUGCGGCGAGCCGGAAGGAGGCGGGGCGAAAGAGAGAGAGAGACAGACAGCGAAGGGAAGCCCCGCCUCCCCCGACGAGCGAUUGGGCGAGGGCGCGGCGGGCCCCUCCCCCUGCCGCAGACGGGCAGGCCGCGCAGGGCGGAAUGGUGUUUUCGGAAGGUCACAGACUGGCGGAAGAAGAUCGAGGAAGGUAUCAAGCACAAGGUGUUUUGCAGGCUACCAGACGGCGUCGCCCAGAGGGCUCCUGGGAGCUCUGUCCGCCAACUGCUGUGUGAUGACGUGGCCUGCAAGGUGUGUGAGCAAGCAGCUCAGGAGGCCUCGCAGCUGAUGAGCAGCAGCAGAGCAGGCGGCUACAAUUUCCCCAGCAUCUGGGCCCCGCUCUCCCAUGGGCCUUGUGUUGGGCACCCGCUCCAGCUUGACACACCUGAUUCCUUUCCACAGAGUGCCAGCGCUCCUGACCCCAUCUCUAGAGAUCCUCCCGUCACCCCGACAAGACCGGCCUCGUGCGGCAGGCCUCUACGUCCCUCCAACUUCCCAGCGGACAAUAGGGAGCAAACCUUCUCCAUCGCAGAGCGUGUUUCCGAGGGCUCAAGGGGAAGCAGCCGCCUUUCUGGCGGCCUAAUCGGACAGGAGGAAGAAGUCCUCUUCUCGUCCACUACGCAAGAGAUGUCACAGAUGAGCUGGACGGCGUCUGCUUCCAACCUGUCAGAGUUGUCUUUCAGCAGCUUGGAGGGCGGCAAAUCUUGCAGGUGCGGCCAGGUUCCCCGUAAACCGCGCAAGCGCCGUAGGGACUCCAGCCGGGUCAAGAGCUCUGCGGAAUCCCAGACGAGCGGCAGAGACACGGAGAGUUUCUUUCUCCGGAUGAGAAUGCACUCGCAGAGCUCGCCCAGUGAGGCCAGCCAUGGCCGGGGACGCAAGACGACGUCACCUCGAGAGGGAAGGAGUGAAGCCCCCCGUAGCACGAGGGACCCAUCUUCCAGCAGGGCCCAGGCGUUCGUGUUUACAGCAGCUGACAUCUCCUUUCUGGACCAGGCCGUGGUAGCAAGCUUGGAAUCACACCUGCUGGGGAAGAGGGUGCAGCACCUUCUGGGGCUGCCCUCAGCCCUCCUCAGGUCCCUCCAAGGCUUUGUGCCCUCUGCUCCGCGUCCUGCGCCCCAGCGGGGCCCUGUGGGUGUUACUGUGGUGACGGGUCCUCAAGCCCUCUCCUUUGUGGCUGAGAGAGCAAAGAAGAGGCUGGAGCUCCACCUGAAGAAAAUGGUCCAGAUGAAGCAUUGGCAGCUGCCCCAGAGGGUGCAGGAGGCCCUCAGGCAAAUGAAGCCACCUUCACAGCCUAGAGAGACGCCUACAUUCCCUCAGAAGAAGACGCCGAGCUCCUCCAAGAAGCUUGCAAAGGAGAGCUGCUCAGUGCUGAGCUGUACCCAGAAGCAGCAGACGUUGCAGAGGAAUUUGGCCAAGAGAGCCCUUGAGAUGCAACUGGGUGUGUCCACUCCUAAAGUCCAUCAGUUUCGGAAAGCCUCCCCUCAAGCCCCAAAGCCUGCGCUCCCCAAAGUCAUCCCGCCUAGGUUGAGACCUCCAGAGCCGAGAUCCCAGCAGAUCCAUUUUCUGGACCUGCAAGCUCUCGGUCACAUCCAGCUCAACAUUACCCACAAGAAGUUGACCUAUCGCUUGGGGCUGCCCUCGCUGUACCAUAGGUCCCUUGCCCAGCUGUUCCCGGGUGCUGUGUUUCAGGCGCCCACCUUCCCCUUGCCCAGAAGAUCUGCGGCGUUCAGCUUCACCUCUACACACAUUCGGUUCCUCUGUCCGAAGGCCCGAGAGGAGCUGGAGUGGCAUGUCAGAAGGAAGACUCUGCAACAUGCCUGGGGGCUCCCAGGGCUCGUUCAAAGGUCCCUCCGGAUCCUCCUAUCAACCUGCCAUCAGGUUUGCCCCAGGAACGCCAGGGCUGGUCAGGUGUCCAUUUCCAUACCCGAGCUCUCGUUCCUCAGCAGGGCCACCCAGAGGGAGCUGGAGAAGAAUGUGCAGAAAAGGAUUGUCAACCAGCGUUGGAGGCUGCCCCAGAGGGUCCUUGACUCCAUGAAGCUCCUCUACCCACAGGGUCAGCUUGGCAACAUAACGGGAUCCAAGCCGAGUUCCUCCAAGAAGCUUGCAAAGGAGAGCUGCUCGGCGCUGAGCUGUGCCCGGAAGCAGCAGGCGUUGCAGAAGAAUUUGGCCAAGAGAGCCCUUGAGACGCAGCUGGGUGUGUCCGCUCCUAAAAUCCAGCAGUUUCGGAAAGCCUCCCCUCAAGCCCCGAAGCCUGCGCUCCCCAAAGUCAUCCCGCCCGGGUUGAGACCUCCAGAGCCGAGAUCCCAGCAGAUCCAUUUUCUGGACCUGCAAGCUCUCAGUCACAUCCAGCUCAACAUUACCCACAAGAAGUUGACCUAUCGCUUGGGGCUGCCCUCGCUGUACUAUAGGUCCCUUGCCCAGCUGUUCCCGGGUGCUGUGUUUCAAGCGCCCGCCUUCCCCUUGCCCAGAAGAUCUGCGGUGUUCGGCUUCACCUCUACACACAUUCGGUUCCUCUGUCCGAAGGCCCGAGAGGAGCUGGAGUGGCAUGUCAGAAGGAAGACUCUGCAACACGCCUGGGGGCUCCCGGGGCUCAUUCAAAGGUCCCUCCGGAUCCUCCUAUCAACCUGCCAUCAGGUUCGCCCCAGGAAUGCCAGGGCUAGUGAGGUGUCCAUUUCCAUACGCGAGCUCUCCUUCCUCAGCAGGGCUACCCAGAGGGAGCUGGAGAAGAAUGUGCAGAAAAGGAUUGUCAACCAGCGUUGGAGGCUGCCCCAGAGGGUCCUUGACUCCAUGAAGCUCCUCUACCCACAGGGUCAGCUUGGCAACAUAACGGGCCCCGAGCCCUAUGCUGUCUGUCGGCAGAGAAGGCAGAAGGCCCAGAGGAUGGUUGUUCCAGCCCCACCGCUGCUCCCGCCCACUCAGCUGGCCAAGACUCAGGUGGUCCUGCAGCCCCACCUUGCAAAGAAGAGCCUGGAGAUGAACUUGGAGGUCUUCCCUGCUGCCGUCAGAGUCUCCUGGAGAUGCAGGCUCCUCGUUCUGAGGAGGCCUCUCCCUAAGGUGAUCUGCCCAGGCCACAAGCCUUUGCUGCCACGCAGACCCUUGCCUCUCUCGGUGUUCACGGAGCAGGUGAGCCGGAUCGAAGUGGCAGUGAAAUGCAGCCACCUGGCAUCCUUGUGGGGGCUGGGCACCCGCUACGCGGAGACGCUUAGGGCAAUGAGGUCGCCUGGACAUUCCAGGCAGAGAAGGACAGCCUUCACCUUCAGAGGAGUGCAGGUGACGAUCCUUCCACAAACAGAAGCAGAAGCUCUGGAGCGUCACGUCAGCAGGAAGAGGCUCCAGCACGAGUGGGGCUUCCCAGUCCUUGUUCAGAGGUCGCUCAGGUACCUCGUUUGUGAGCCGCCCCCUCUGCUUCCCCUGAGGCAGCCGGGGGUCUCUGCCCGUGUCCUGGUGCAGGACUUGUGCCUUCCGCAGAGCUUCCGCAACCGCCUCGAAUUGCAUGUGCAGAAGAUGAAGCUGCAGCGCCUUUGGGGGCUGCCGAGGAGGGUGGUGGAGUCUCUGAGGUCGCUCUUUCCGGAGCUCAAGGCUGCUCCCCACCGACAGAAAUCACCUGCUGAACGGGGGGCGAAAAGCACGCUCAGGAAUGUUGGGCCUGAAAGCCUCCCUGUCACCCCCGUCGUGGGCACCCUCUGCGCCGUCUGCCGUAAAAGGAAAGCGGACGCAGUGUCCCGGGGGUUCCCCAGUGUGGGACGCCAGAACCUGGAGAAGAUCAGGGUCCACUCGGCCAAGAAGUCCAUGGAGGUGCAUUGGGAGAUUUUCCCAGCCGUUGCUGUGAGCUCUUGGAGACGGGUGGUUUUGACAUCCAGGCAGCCUCUGCCCAAGCGGAUUCUCCGUGGCGUCAAGCCCUUGCAGCCCCGGAAGCUCGUCCUGACCUUUGUACUGGCCGAGGACUUCAAGAAGAUCGAGGUGUCUGUGCAGCGUUACCACCUGAGCUCCCUCUGGGGGCUAGGCCAGCGGUAUGUGGAGGCCCUGAGCGCAAUGGCCCCUGCACCGCACCCACAACCUCCCAGGUCCAGGAAGGCUUCUCUUGGGUUCUCCCAGGCCCAGACUCUGUUUCUCCUGCAAGAGGACCGGGAGUCCUUGGAGCGGCACGUGAGAAAGAAGAAGCUCCAGCACGAGUGGGGCUUCCCCGUCUCUGUCCAGAGCUCUCUCAGGGCUUUCAUGCAAGGUCCCCCCCUGCCAGGACAGGUGCCGCUUCCAGGGGCUUCCCGCAGAACCAAGAUCUGGGUCCAGACGCUGCACAGGGAGCUCUUGUUUCUUCCUCGCAGCACCCGCGUGCGCCUGGAGCACCACAUCCAGCGGCUGAAGCUCCAGAGGCAGUGGGCAUUGCCCAGGAGGAUCCUCGAAUCGAUGCAGUUGCUGUUCUCGGGGGAGAAGAUGCUGCCGGUGAGAAGUUCUUCGCGGGAGUCCAGCUUUGGGGCUUGUGCCAAACCGUGGACAGUUGGUGCCAAGGGUGUUGAGCCGGUCAGGGAGAAGGGCAGAAGGAUGGUGGGUGAAGCCAUGUAUUCCGCCAAGCUGUGUCUCCCACUGGAGGGCAUGUCUCUGGAGAAGCUGCAGCUUCACGUGACUAAGAAGAGUUUGGAGGUGCACCUAGGGGCCUUCCCUGCUGUGCCCAGACACUCUAGGCAAAGGGCAUCGCUGUCCCUCAGCCAGACUCUCCCCAGGCUGAUCCGUCCCGGCUCGGCGACACUGAGACCCCGUAGCUCUUGCCUCUUGUUCAGUGUAGAUCAAAUGGGUCAGAUUGAACUGGCCGUGCAGCACAACUACCUGGCCUCCCUGUGGGGGCUGGGGACACGCUAUGUGCAGGCGGUGGCUGCAAUGGCCCCCUGGCCGCCCUUCCGAACUCCAGCCAGGCGCAGAGGGGCCGCCUUCGAGUUUUUGGCAGUGGAGACGCUGUUCUUCCAGAGGUUGUCCAGAGAGGAAUUGGAGCUGCACGUCAGGAGGAAAAGGAUGCAGCACAUGUGGGAGUUUCCUGCCCUCGUGCAGAGGUCGCUCUGGGGCUUUAUGCAGGGACCACCCAGGCUGCCCGGCCUUCCCAAGACCAGCAUUCAGAUCUGUGUGCUGCGUCAAGAGCUGCUUUUCCUUCCUCGGCGCAUGUGCAGCCUCCUGGAAUUUCACAUUCAGAGAAGGAAGCUGCAGCGGAGGUGGGGUUUGCCACAGAAGGUCCUGGACUCCCUGCAGCAAUUUCUCUCCACUCCUCCCCCAGGAAGGGCUCCGCUUCCUCAGAGCGGCAAGGAAAAGAAAUUGACAAAGGCCACGGGAUCCCGGGCGGCUGAUGCGAGGCUGAGGAAGACCUGCAAUGUUCCCCCAGUGAAGAAGCAAUGUUUGGAGAGCUCUACCAGAGCUACUCUGGAUACCCACCUCAAGAAGAAGGCUCUGGAGAGCAAAUUCCAGUUGAUGAAGGCACCUGCCGGCCCCAUCAGACGAGCCCCUCUCCCUAAACCUCCUUCCCUUCCCUCUGGGGUGAGACCCAGAAGGCCCCUCCUGCUUUUUGUCGAGCAAGAGGCUCUGUUGAAGAUCCAGCUGAACAUCAAGCAGAAGCAUCUCACGUGUCUUUGGGGCCUACCCAGUUUGCAAAUCAAAUCCUUGACCAAGAUGUACGGGAAAGUUCCUGGGCCGCCGCUGCCAGGAAAAAUCGCCGCAGUCGGAAGCUCAGCAAAGGCCCUGGGGAGAGAAACACCCAAGGGCCCUGGAGCAACAGGCCUUAAACCCUGGAAGUGGGGGGCAUCUUUCCUCACACAGGAUGCCUCAGAUCUUCUGGAGAUGCACGUUCUGCGGAAGAAGCUGCAGCACACGUGGGGCCUGCCAGCCACAAUUCUGAAAUCCCUCUCUGCAUUUCCCCGGCCCCCCUCUAAAUUGCAAAGGUCUCCAACCCGUGCAGUAAAAGUAAGGGUCGUAACAACCCAGCGCCUGGUCUUCCUGGAUCCCGCCACAGCGGGGAGCCUGGAGGCCCACUUGAAGCGCCGGACUGCGGCACACAGAUGGGGCAUUCCCAAACUGGUCCAGGAGUCGGUCAAGGUGUUCCUGCCUCCUGGGUCUGCUCCCCAAGCUGAUCAGGCACAAAUCCCACUAUGCACCUGCAGCAAAGACCUCCAAACCCCUCUGGGCACUCGUGGCCAGCGCCUCCAGGCAGCUGCAUCGCCUUCCCAAGCUGAUCAGGCACAAAUCCCACUAUGCACCUGCAGCAAAGACCUCCAAACCUCUCUGGGCACUCGUGGCCAGCGCCUCCGGGCAGCUGCAUCACCUUCCCAAACUGACCAGACGCAAAUUCCACUCUGCACCUGCAGCAAAGACCUCCAAACCCCUCUGGGCACUCGUGGCCAGCGCCUCCGGGCAGCUGCAUUGCCUUCCCAAGCUGACCAAAUUCCACUAUACACCUGCAGCCAAGACCUCCAAAUGCCACUGGGCACAGGUGGCCAGGGCCUCCAGGCAGCUGGAGGAGAAGCCCAGAGCCCGCUGGAGAAGCAGGUGGAAAGUGAACGGCAGCAACUACCCAGAACAGGAGGGCAACCCUCAGAGCUAUCUCCAGGAGGGAGGCACCUGGGAACCUCAUGGCAUGGAAGAGAGGCUCCAAAGAGAGAAUUAGACCUGUUGCCAGUGGUAACAACAUGCCUUACGGAUGAGGCCAGGGAAUAUCUUGAAUUCCAUGUAAAGCGCAAGAGGGUCCAGCAUGACUGGAGCCUGCCGUCCGCUGUGCAGAAAUCCCUACGGGCCUUUGCCCCACCUCCCCCUGAGCUGCAAGGGCCUGCAAAGGCUAGAGCAGUAGUACUCGUCAGCCCUGAGAAAACGGGGGGCCAAGGGAAAGGGGGCGCAGCUGCCCACCCACCACAGUCUGUGACGGAGGCGAUGAUUCCUCGCCGGAUCCUGCGUUUUCUGUGUCCAAAUGUAAAGGAUUGCCUGGAAACCCACGUGAAGAAGUGGGCCACAGAGCACAGGUGGGGGCUGCCCCAGAUGGUUCGGCGUUCAGUGAGGGCGGCUCUUCCUGCUCAACAGAAGUCCAGUGCGGGAGAAAAAAAGCACCCCGAGCGACUCUCAAAACGUCACCACGACUCGCCCCAGCGGCACGAAGUCCAUUCCCAUUCUGAGGGAGAAGAGUCUAAGGGGGUUCUCCAUGCUGGAGAAAGCAAGCGUCCUGUACAACUCUCAAAAUAUCACCGUGACUCCUCUCAGCAGUGUGGAAUCCAUUCCCAUUCUGAGGGAGAAGAGUCACCAGGGCUUCUCCAUGCUGGAGAAAGCAAGCAUCCUGUACAACUCUCAAAAUAUCACCGUGACUCCUCUCAGCAGUGUGGAAUCCAUUCCCAUUCUGAGGGAGAAGAAUCGCCAGGGCUUCUCCCUGGUGGAGAAAGGAGGUCUCCUGUACAAGUCUCCAAACACCACCGUGACUCCUCCCAGCGGCAAGAAAUCCAUUCCUAUUCUGAGGGCAAAGAGUCCCUGGCGCUGCAGCCGUCCAAAAAAGCAUCCCCUCAAAAGCCAAAGGGUCAUCAGAGGAAACAACGGCCAGCCAGAAACGUGGGCACAACUGCCGAGAUAUCGUCCACGCUGAAGCCACCUUUCCUCACGGAUGAGGCCUUUCAGCUGCUUGAGUUCCACAUCAUACACAAGAGAAUUCAGCAUGCGUGGGCCACUCCGUCUGUUUUGCAGAAGUCCCUCGAAGCCCUGGCCCCGUUUGCCCUCCACCGGGGAGAGGACGCCCCCAAGACGCAUCGUUGGGAUGGAGAAGAAGUGAGGGUCAUCGCCAACGACCUCUCGUUCCUUAAGCCAGACACCAAGGAGCGCCUGGAGGCCCACAUUACGACCUUGACUACCAGGCACAGGUGGGAGAUCCCGAAACGCGUUCAGCAAUCCCUGAAGACCUUUAUGGCCUCCAGGCCCCCCUCCCAAUCUGAAGUGGGUCUCUUGCCUUGCCAGUGCAAAUCCUGGCAGGCGGCCAGAGACGAUUAUCAGACGAGUGACGACGACAACAAAGGCUCUCCUCAAGGAACAGAGGGCAGGAGGAGGGCAACCAAGAAGCAAAAGGUCCUCUUGCAAGGCCAGCGGGGAACAGCGACACGUGUGGGGCAUGAAGCGAGUGUUUUCUUAUUUCCCGGGGUGAGGCUGCCGUUCCUCCAGCACGAGGCCCAGAAUGUUCUGGAACUCCACAUCCAACGCAAGAAGCUCCAGCAUGCCUGGGGCCUGCCCUCCGCUGUGCUCAGGUCCCUGCAGGCAUUCGCUGCUCCUCCCCCCCUUGAGUCGCACAAGAAAAGGCCACCAAGAAAGAUUAUGGCUGGUCGGAUUCCAUGGGAGGAAGGAGACUUGCAGAGUGUUAGUCGGAGCCUCUCCUUCCUCAGCCCAGAAAGGAAGGAGCAUCUGAAUGGCCACCUGAGGCGUAUGAUUGAGAAACGCAGGUGGGGCCUUCCGGAACGCGUCCAGCAGUCGCUGAGGGCCUUCAUGACUUCCAGGCCUGCUUCCCAACCUGAACUGGGUCGGCCACGGCAGCCCUCGCCUCCUCCCUCAACAUCACCCCAGGAUGCGGCUGAUUCAGAGACUGAAGGCGACAACCAGUUGGCUUCUGGGACAGAAGGAGACAAUGAAGACGACUCCAGCAGAGAGGCAACGGAGAAGCUCCACCACAAGAGAGAAGCAGCAGCUUCAGCUGCCCACGUUGAUGUGUCAACUUUCUUCUUUCCUGAGGUGGCGUCUCCUUUCCUGCCGCAAAAGACCCAGAAUGCUCUGGAGUUCCACAUCCAACGCAAGAGACUCCAGCAUGCCUGGGGCCUGCCCUCCGCCGUGCUGAAGUCCCUGCAGGCAUUCGCCCCUCCUUCCUUUGAGUCGCACAAGAAAAGGCCACCAAGAAAGAGCGUAGCCCAUCCGUUUCCUUGGGAUGAGGGAAACGUCAAAAUUACGACUCGGGGGCUCUUGUUCAUCAACUCGGAGGUGAAGGAGCGUCUGGAAGCGCACGUGAGGAGUCUGACUGCAGGACACAGGUGGGGCCUCCAAAAACACGCUCAGGAAGCCAUGAGAGCGUUUCGGCUUCCCAGGCCCCCUUCUGUUGUAGAAAUGGGGCCGGAAACUCAGCCCCGUGACUAUCAAGAGGCCUUUCGUAUCCGCUCCCCGUUUGAGCUGGGAAGCUCUGUGCGGAAACGGCAGGACAGGCAGAACGUGUCAGGUGAGCUGGAGGAGGAAACGCUGUUGGCAGCGACCCCGUCUGCCACUUCUGCAACAAGCAUAAGCUGUGAAAGAGAGCUGCCUUUCCUUGCUGGCCAUCUCCAGGACUUUCUGGAGUUCCACAUUCAACGCAAGAAGAUCCAGCAUGACUGGGGCCUGCCAGCCACCGUCCAGAGGUCGCUGCGUGCAUUUGCUCCAGUUCCCCGGGGACUACAGGAGAGUCCUUUGACCGGCACAGGAGCGAGAAUCGCUGCAGCAAGAGGAAAGGGCGUUGCCGCAGGAACAAGAGCAGGCACCAAGAAAGGACGCAACGGCAAGGAGGUCCAAGUUGGUGCCAAACAGCUGCAUUUCUUGCAUGCAGGCACAAAGGAACAUCUGGAGAAGCACAUCCGGGGCCUGAAAGUGGAGCACCGAUGGCACGUUCCCAAAGUGGUCCAGGAGUCGGCGAGGGCGUUUAUUCUUCAUGCUCAUGGACCAGAGGAGGAGGAACAGCCGUCCACGUAUGACCAGACACUUGACAUGUCAGACACCCCGUUUAAGACGGAAACGGAACAAGAAUCCAGCUCGAGUUGGGAAGAUCCACGCAUCUACCACCCAGAGCUUUUUCCCGAACAAGGGCAAGACAGCGGAGAGGCUUCGUGGGUGGAAACAGAAGAGCCGUCCCUCUGCCUCUGCGGAAAAACGCGGAACCACACAGCUGCCCAGGAGGCAAGGGGAGGCUGGGAGGCUGGGAGAGAAGCUCCCCGCAGGAGCCGAUUGCAGGAGAAACCUUUGCAGGGGUCUUGGUUGAAGAAGCCCAGGCAAGUGCAGCGCUCAAGGAUUCCUGACAGGAUGCAGGAGCCUGGGGUCCCCCCUCUCCUGCAGCCCACUCGCAGACCCCAAAAGUACAUACACAAUGCCAGCCGUCGGCCGGAGAGGAAUCCCAGCUCCCAGAGGGUGAGAUAUACCUGCGGAAGAAUCACUCACCUGGCAGCACGCUCUUCAAAUACAUCCCUUGGGAAGAGGAAGAAGAAGAUGAUGACAAGGGUUCCAUGGCAGCCGGAGGGUAGCUUUGAAGGGAUGGCAGACGACAGCCACCUUCCACCUGGGCAGCUUCCGCUGUUGCCAAAGGGCUCUGAAGCUGGCUGGGAGCACAGGAAGGUUUGCAAGCUACCCAACUGCUCCUCUCCGUCCCAUUUUUCGAGGAAGGCCACUGCCGCCGCCUCCUCCUCCUCCUCACAGCUGGCAGUAGAGCAGAGAUGGCAGCAGCAGGAGCAAGAGGAAGGUGCAGAAAAUGGCAAAGAGGGAGGCUCGUCUUCUCUGCUCUCAGAGGAUAUUGAGCAAGUUCCUGGUCCAUCCUCUGGAGAAAGCAUCAGGGAUGCUUCUCUGCCAGAGCAAGAAGCCACUGAGGCAGACCUUAGGCCUCUGCAGGGGACAGAGAGCGUACAGCAAAGCAGCCUUUUUGCCCCCCAACAGGCUUUCCUGGAGCAGGCAUACGCCGUCGAACCCCAGUCGUCCUACGAGGAGGUAGUGGCCAGAAACUACAGGAUGGCAGGCAGCAUUCGCCAGGUGAAGUCAAGGAGCGGCCUGCGGACAGGAGGCAGGAAGGUGGGCUGGGGGAGGGAGAAGAGGAUGGACUCGCCCAGCCAGACCAUGAGAGAUGCCGACUGGGCCACCGAAACAGGGCGCCAGGCAUCUUCCGCCACCAAGGAGCUGGGAAGAUGGUCCUCGGAGUCCCUGUGCCAGGAGUGCCUCAGCCUGAAAUCUCCCUCUUGGAAGGAAGGAAGCGAGGAGGACUCUGCAGGGGCCCCGCUCCAUCAAGGAGCCGGAGGCCUGGAGGAGGCCUUGAGCGACAGCCCCAAAGACUCCGAGUGGCAAGCGCUCCCUGCGUCUCCAAAGGAAGGCUUCCUGGGCGCAGAGGGAGAGUUCCAGAGGCACUCGGCCCCGGACAACGAAGAGGCAGUGGAAGGACAGGAGGAUCAGGGGACCUCCUCGGGCUCUGAGGAGCAACGCCCCGUGUCGGUGGGGAGCAUGUCCCAGUUCAGCACCGAGUGGGAGUGGGAGCAGGUCGGGGACUGGGACAGCAAGGAGGAAGGGUUUGCGAGAAGCGACUGGAUGGUAAAAGAGGAGGAGGAGGAGGAAGGAGGAGGCAGCAGUGGCGGCAAUUGGCCGGGUGCAGGCCGAGAAGCAACGGGGAGCCGCAGGCAUGAAAAUUCCCCAACAAACAGCCAUUCCCUGGCGUCCCUGAAGAAGGCGAAGCCUUCCCAAACAGCCUUGCUUUGGGAAGCAAGAUUCGUCCUGAGUAAUAUGGCAACGGAAUCGGCUUCUGAGCCACAGCAGGCAAUAGCAAAAGAGGUUACAGAAGGGAUGGUGCCCCUUGGUCAAACCGCUUCACCCGCCGCCAGCCAGGGCUCUGGGGAGCGAAGCCGCUACUCGCAGUUCGUAGGCACGGCGCCUUCUGAUGAGAAAGUGACCCUCCUUAGUAAGAUCUUGGAGAGGAAACUGUCCUUGGAUCAAGGGCUGCAGGUCCUCAGACACGGUGGCGAGAGGCGAAGCAAGUAGGAGAAUUCUGGGUUUUAAACGGGAAGAUUGCAUAUUGUAAUAUUCACCAAUAAAUGCCUAGCUCACUA